AUAUUUUCUCUUACUGUCUCCUGAUACAAUUCGGUAUAACAAUGGCGCAACAUACCCUUAAUCAGCGUCCAAUGUCAAGACGCCCCAUCUCUCGCCUUUGUCGCAAUGGUUUCUUUCUCCUCCCUCUCGCUCUACUUGUUCUCCUCGGUGUAGUCUUGCCUUGGUUAGGAUCUCCCUUAUUAUACAAUACCUCUUCUUCUUCUUCUUUUCCUCCCUCACUGUCUUAUUGGCGCGAAUAUUCCUUGACUCAAGCCACCAAAUUUGUCGCUAAGAAUGGGUCGACGGUGAUUGUCUGCACCGUAAGCUAUCCGUUCUUGCCUUUUCUCAACAACUGGUUGAUUAGCGUUUCUAGACAGAAUCAUCAAGAAAAUGUUCUUGUCAUCGCUGAAGAUUACGCUACUUUGUACAAAGUCAACGAGAAGUGGCCUGGUCAUGCCGUUCUCAUCCCUCCAGCACUGGAUUCUCAAACCGCACAACAUUUCGGUUCCAAGGGUUUCUUCAAGUUUACAUCUCGGAGGCCACAACAUCUCUUGGACAUUUUGGAGCUAGGUUACAAUGUAAUGUACAACGAUGUUGAUAUGGUUUGGUUGCAAGAUCCAUUUCAGUAUUUAGAGGGAAGCCACGACGCAUACUUCAUGGAUGACUUGACUAUAAUUAAGCCUUUGAAUCACUCCCACGGUUUACCACCUCCGAAUCGAAAAGGAGCCACUUAUAUAUGUAGCUGCAUGAUUUUCUUGCGUCCCACCGAUGGUGCAAAGCUUCUAAUGAAUAAAUGGAUUGAGGAACUUGGUUCCCUAUUUUGGGCUAAACCUAAAGAAGGAAAUGAUCAACCUGCUUUUAACUGGGCACUUAACAAAACAGCUCAUGAGGUAGAUGUUUACUUGCUUCCGCAAACAGCUUUCCCAUCAGGAGGACUGUACUUUACGAACGAAACAUGGGUUAAAGAAACAAAAGGGAAACAUGCCAUAAUCCACAAUAACUACGUUAUCGGUUACAACGAAAAGAUGAAACGUUUCCGCGAUUAUGGUCUAUGGCUAGUCGAUGAUCAUGCUGUUGAGUCGCCUCUAGGACAAUUACAGUGAAUUGGAAAGCACGAAAUUAUUGUUUUUUUUCUCUCUCUUUACUUCUUGUCAUCUUGAGAUUAAAACUAAUUUCAAUUCUUUGCAUCAAAGUAACAGUAAUAUAUGUACUGAUUCCUUUUUUGU